CUGUGAGGCCAGCUACUCCCGCGGCGGCGGCUGUUAAGCCCACCUACCGCCAACGGCUGGCCGCGGCGGGAGGGAGGAAGGAAAGGGAUAAACUUUAAACUUGGCCGGCCGGGCGGAGAGCCGCAUGGAUGCCGCCGUCCCUCGGUGCUGACUCGCAGCCCGCGGCACGCUGUGGGGCGGCCGCUGCCAGAGGAGCGCGGGGGCCCGCCGUGCCGCCUCCGCCGCUGCCGGCCAUGGUGCGUGAGGUGCGCGGGGCUCAGCCCGGCCGCUGAGAGCGGCGCCUCGCCCUCCCCCUCCCCGGUCUGCCGCCGCCUUCCCUGAGCCCCUGCCUGUCGCUACCUGCCUCUCCGCUUCGCCGCUGCCGACCUGAGGCCUCGGGCAUCGGCUUCUCUCCGCGCUACAGCCCGCCCGACAUGGAGGUGUCUGCGGGGAGCCGCCGGGAGUGAUCCCUGCUUUCCGACCGACCUGCCGGCCGCCUCCUCGGCGCCCGCGCUUGCUCCGAUGGAGCCGGACGAGGCGCCGCUCGCGCCGCCGAAGACCAUGCUGCUUGUGCUGAGGAAAGUUCGCAAGAGGCGGGAGAUGCUGCUGCAGCAGCUGGGCUUCAUCUGCGCCAUCCUCUUCUUCGUCUGGUGCAUGUCCAGCCUGCUCUCCAGACUGGGCCGAGAAUCAACUACUUCAGACAGAGGCAUUUUGUCAGAAAUAUGGAGGAAUAGAAGGUUGAUGGCAUCACCUAACAGGACACAUGAAGAAAAGAACUGCACAGAGCCAGCCAUUAAUGAAUUUCCUGAAGAUGUAUUUACAAACAAAGAACGGCAGCAAGGAGGAGUUCUGCUUCAUAUCAUUGCUGCUCUUUAUAUGUUCUAUGCUUUGGCUAUAGUAUGUGAUGACUUCUUUGUUCCAUCCUUAGAGAAGAUUUGUGAGAAACUACAUUUGAGUGAAGAUGUUGCUGGAGCCACAUUCAUGGCAGCAGGGAGCUCCACUCCAGAACUGUUUGCAUCUGUUAUAGGUGUAUUUAUCACUCAUGGAGACGUAGGAGUAGGGACCAUUGUCGGUUCAGCAGUUUUCAACAUCCUCUGCAUUGUUGGUGUCUGUGGAAUGUUUGCAGGACAGGUGGUUUGUCUCACCCAGUGGUCUGUGUUCCGGGACUCUGUGUACUACACAAUAUCUGUGAUCAUACUUAUUGUUUUCAUAUAUGAUGAGAAAAUAGAAUGGUGGGAAAGCCUUGUACUCAUCAUUAUGUAUUCAUUCUACAUACUUAUCAUGAAGUACAAUAUGAGGUUGCAAAAUUUCUUCAACCUUAAAAGCAAGAAUGUUGGAAAUGGUGACACAGUCAACAAUGAGCUGGAAGAUGGUAAUAAAUGUUAUGCCUCUAGUUGUGAUGACCCAUCCAUUCCAUUACUAAGGAAAGUGAAGGGAAUGCAGCAGUAUGGCAAAAACAGUGUUGUGAUGGUGGAUGAGAUCAUCUGCUCCAGUCCCCCCAAAUACCGGUUCCCUGAAGCUGGAUUACGGAUUAUGAUUACAAAUAAGUUUGGACCACGUACCAGAAUGCGGAUGGCAAGCCGACUCAUCAUUAAUGAGCGUCAGCGGUUAAUCCAGUCUGCCAAUGGCUCAGGCAAACCACUUCAGAAUGGGAGACGUGAGAAUAUUGAAAAUGGGAACAUCCCUGUGGUGAACCAAGAGGAGGAGAAAGAAGAGGACAGUCUAUCUCCUUUUUCAUUGCCAGAUGGAAAAAUGAACAAAAUUAAAUGGAUUUUGACAUGGCCAUUGAUGUUCGUGCUCUUUUGCACCAUUCCAAACUGCAGCAAACCACGGUGGGAGAGAUGUUUUAUGGUGACGUUCAUCUUAUCCACUCUCUGGAUUGCCUUGUUCUCCUACUUCAUGGUGUGGAUGGUGACUGUGAUUGGGUACACCCUUGGGAUACCAGAUGUGAUCAUGGGCAUUACUUUCCUAGCUGCAGGAACAAGCGUCCCAGACUGCAUGGCCAGCUUAAUAGUUGCAAGACAAGGCCUCGGUGACAUGGCAGUAUCCAACACAGUAGGGAGCAAUGUCUUUGACAUUCUGGUGGGCCUUGGCAUUCCAUGGGGUUUGCAGACCAUGGUGAUUGAUUGUGGAUCAACUGUUAAGAUAAACAGCAAAGGGCUGGUCUAUUCAGUUGCACUUUUGCUAGGAUCAGUGGCACUUACUGUGUUUGGAAUCCAUGUAAAUAAGUGGAAACUUGACAGGAAAUUAGGCAUCUACGUGUUGUUUCUUUAUGCUAUUUUCCUGUGUUUCUCUAUAUUGAUAGAAUUUAAUGUCUUCACCUUUGUCAACUUCCCUAUGUGCCGAGAAGAACUUUAAACCACAAUAGGGAAAGAGACUGAAAUUCUUCUGAUUACAUGUGCUGUAAAUGACAGGAGGCAUUUCAGAUUUCUACCUUCUUUCCAUCAGUAAUUUGAGUGUUGUUCCUGCUUCAUCAGCUAACAAACACUUUUACCUGUGUGGAAGGAAAGCAUACCUUUCUUUUAUCAUGCUAGCUCCAGGCAACCAAAGCAUUUUCCUCCUUUCUGGAUAUUGCUGCUCAGUCAGAAAGAUGUGUGGAUGGAUCUGAUGCAGGACUCUAAAAUGACCCAUUUCUGGGACAUUCUAUUGCGGUUUUCAUUCUCCUUUUGCAGACAAUCAACCACCACCACCAAUUUAGCAAGAGGACGAGAGAAAAAUCUUUCUAGUUCUUUUGGUUUGACAUUUACUUUCUAUGGAAGAAUAAGAGGAAAGUUCAGAACUUUUCUUGGCUCCGUCAAAAUAUCUCAACUACAGGACCAGAAAGUCCAAGGCACAUAUCAUGGCAUGCACUGUUGAGGACAUCAUUUCCCCCUUCAAGUGCUCUGCUUAUAGAGGAACUGCACUGACAGUUUUUGAUGGCAGUGUUGGAUAUUUGUCACUCUCUUCAAUGUACAUGAACAAUGUGGCAGGGAAAGAAGAGGAAAUGGUUGUAUGUUGUAUCACUUGUGAUGAUGCACACUAAAAGUCAGAGUAUCUGCAUAUUGAAGAAGAGAAUUACAUGCAGAAAUUCAUACUUGAAAAAUACGCUUUACCAUUAAUGAGGAAUGCUGUAUACGUAAAUAUAAACUAACAUUUGUGGAAUAUUACACCACAAUUAAAACUUUGCAUUGGCCCUUAUAAGCCCAUAGUGUAAAUUUAGAAGAAACUAAACAAAUAAAAUAAAACUGGGUGCUCAGUAACUAUUAGUUAUUGUUAUCAGUUGAGAGUAGUAUCUGAACAUAAUCCAGACUUUCUGACAACAACCCACCCUGAUAUUUUAUUUGAUUGGUGGGGGGAAGAAGCUUAUUUCAUUGGUCAAGAAGCAGGUGUAUUCUCCAUUUUUUAUUUAUUCUCAGAAGCUUAAUGAAGAUGAGUGUCUGACACUGAGCACUGCAGAUAAACACCUAGACAAAAGCAAGUCUGUCAAGAGAAUGCGGUCCUUGAUUUGAUUGCGUACCAGUUUUGAAGGACGAUAUACUUCUUUUUAACCCCCAGUAGAAGCCAAGUUUUGAUAUCCUUUCCACCAGCAUAAAUCUGAUAUAAGGAAUUACUCUGGAUGUAAUUGACAGCAAGAUCUGGCCCAGAGUAUUAAAAAUAAUGGGUAACAUUCCACAUUGUAGCAGUCAUAUGAUUGCAAACCACUGAGACAGUGGUAUUUUGAAUUGCUACUAAACUUUGAAAAUAUUUUAAAGCUGCAUGUGAAUGAUCACAUAAAGUUUCUAAAGAAGCACAGUUAACUUUAUACAUAGAUUUUUUUAAUUUUUUAAUGUUUAUAAACCAAAACAAAUCUACCAACUAACAGUUGAUGUGUUUUUAAUAUAUUAAUAUUUUGCACUUAAGACUAUAUAUAAAAAAAUCCCAUUAUUGUGUCAAUGCGAACAUACUAUAAAACCUUAUCAAAUAAGCGCUAAAUCAUAAAGUUCCUUAUUUUGACAUAUAUGACAAAUAAUUCUGUUUAGCCAGCUCAUGUGCAGAAUACUGUUUACACCAGGCAAUGUGUUUACAAGUAAGGCUAUUUUAAAAAUUACUUUGGUACAAAUUAAGGAGUGUGUUCUGCUGUUGAAUUUUUGUAGGAAUUGGUUCAUUUCAAUGUAAUCCUAAGGAAAAAAAGAGCAACUUAUUUGUUAUUUGCUUUACACUUUGUUACAAAUGUCAGUAUUAGUAUCCAUGUAGGGUUUUUCACCUUAAGUAGUUAUGUACUUAUACUAGCCAGUCCUAAAGAUGGCAACAAAUACAGCAUUAUUAAAAUGCUUUGUUGUAUAGGCAAGCAUGACAGUAAACACAUUUGAUCCAAGUAUGCCGGUGACCCCACUUCCAGGCAUUCAAGACAUUUUUGCUGCAGUGUAAAGUUGAGGAAUUAACGGAAUUCAUGUUCAUCUUUAUGAGUCUUCUGUUGCAGAAAGGCUGUGAAGAUGCAGCAUACUGCUGCGCCACUGUAGGAGCAUCCCUCUUGUCAUUUUACUCUCUUCCCUGCUAUCUUUCAAGAGGACAGUUUGCUGCUGAAAAUCUUGUCAUGUGAGGCUGAAAGGAGCAGAGAGAGAGGCUGAGUAAAUGGGUUUUUCUUAUGUUCUGCUGUUGGGUGGGUUUGGAGCACUAGCCAUCUCCAAGCAAACAUUUGCUCUUCUGUGCACAGUUCAGGCAGCUCAGAUGUCUUUACACUACAGAAGAGUAGUUCCAAAAUCUAGUUAUGAAUGCCUAGUCAUCAGCUGAGUUGACAGUGACGAGGGCAUCAAUGUUUACAGUGCCAGACCUGGCAAAUCGUACUGUACCUUCAUAUUUCUGAGCCGGGCAACUUUAGAAGAAUAGGGGCACCAAAUUGUUCUGUAGCAAAUAUGCCCAAAUAUGCAUAAAAUUGUGUUUGCUAAUGCCAUGAAUCCUUUAGACAUCAUUUAGAAUUAUUCUGCCUAAACUGAAUAUCACCUGCUCCAGAAAACCAGAGUGUUCUGUUGUAGCAAGAGACAGUCUCAGAAGGUAAUACUGACCUUAAAUUGCAUGGCCAGUCCUGUCAUCUAUAGUCCCCCAUAAAACAUAGACCCACUUCAGGACAAUUUUUAUUGAAUUCGUUGCAUUUCGUGCAUCUUCUGCUGUGAGACAGGUACCAUACCAUGCUUAUCAUUAUAAAUAACAUUAGUAAGAUUCUCCUGUGACAGCACCACAUGACCAGGGUUGUAUUGUUUGCCAAAGAAUUAUUAGAUGCUGUAUCAGGGCAUUGAUGACACAUAAUCAUAUGAAGUAGUUUAAAGAGUCCCUAUGUAGUCGUUAUCCAUGUACUAAAAUAAAUAAAGAUAGACCAAGCCGUGCAAAUAAACUGAAGGCCUGAGGAAGAUCUGACUGACUAAUUGUUGUAUGUCAGAUAAACCCAGAUCAGAAUGUAUCAGUAAUUCAGGAGGCUGUUGCUGAGUAAUAGCAGACCAGUGCCUUUCACGUGUGUACGAAAAAAAAAAUGUGGUCAUGUAGUCAGGCAACCACUACAAAUUUUGCCAUUUUCCAAUCAAGAAAAGGAGUGAUUUGUGCUUGGCUCUCUGCAAUUAGUACAGUUCUAUAUUGCAGCUGUUCAGAUUCUGUCUGUAAAAUUUUGUAGCCAUUUUGUUGUACUAACUAUUGCAAAACUGGCUGAGUCUGGAAUCUAUGUCACAAUGUUGUGUAAGUUAAUGUUCAGCUCAAGAGUGAAAAGAAAGCUGGUGGAUGUGAGAGGGAAAACUGUUACUGUGAUCUGAAAAUUGCCAGCACACUAACUCUGAAAAGUAAUCCAACUCAGAAAAAGAUACCCCAUAUCCAGCAAAGCUUAACUUCAGUAGGAUUGACUCAAUACUUAAAGCUAAGCAUAUAUCCAAGUGCCUUGCUGGAUUGUGUCCUAAGAUGACAGCAGAGCAUGGUUUCCAGGUUUUCUGUUGUAUUGAGAUCUUUUCAUACUCUAUUGGGUUCGUAGCCUAAAGAUUUUAUUUCUUUCGCAGAUUAAAAGCUUUGGCUAGAAUCUGUGGAAUUCUGGUCUGUUGAUACCACUUUGGAUUUCCAGUCUUGUAAAUAAAAGAACUGGUUCCUUGUUUCAGACUUCAAAACCAUGCAUCUGCCCUGGUGUACAGAAGGUUCAAAACUGAAUUACCGCUGGCCAAGGAGAGUUUUUAGGAGCUCUUUUCCACUGCAGUUCCACUGGAGUAGCACAGCCCCACACAGACCCACAGGGUGCAAUCCUGACUGUAGUGAGCAAGUGGGAGUGUUUCCAUUGAGUUCAACAAUGUUUGAUUCCAUUUAUCUACCCUAACAAUUGUACUGCAUUAAAAAGUAUUGCCGAAGUAAAGAUUUCAGGCUCAGGAUCUACAUGUCUAAAUCUAAAAAGCUACAGUUAUGGUUAUCUUAAUGACUAUUUGAUGACCUAAGGGCUGCUCUCUGUGUUGAAGUCUAGCCCAGAAGAACACCGUAAGUCUUCCCAACAGGUACAGCAUAGUCAGCCACCUUUCUCCUGGCUCAGUCAUCGGCGUGCCAAUUUUAUUUUAUUUUUAUAUGCUUGCUGCAGCUGUAACAAACCUAUAAUUAUUUUCUGGUUUUAGAUUAUAUUUGUAAACAUCCUGUCAACAUGUAAACAAAUGAAAAAGGUCUUUACUAGUCUAACACUUUGCAGUUACAGAGAAGACUCUAUUCUGCCUCAGUUUCCUUUCUGACUGUGCUCUAAUUACACACACUUGUUUCUAUUAUGUGUUUGCUCUAGUUGCACAAAUCCCUCAUUAGUUUUGUUGUCUUCCUUUCUUGGGUUUCUUGCAAUGGUAAUACCAUUUAUUUGUGUCUUACAGUUAGAUGUUUUUGGUACUUUAAGCUGUGUUAAUUCUGCCUGAUUAUUCAUGCCAAGGAAAGAUCAGACCUAAUGUAAUAUGAAAGAGACACUAAAAUAACACUGAUAGCCAGGUGAAACCAAAGAAUCUUCCUAAUUGAAAUGCAUCACCUUUGAGCAUAACGUUCUCUUAUUGCAAGCCUCAGAUCUCUCAGUUAUUUGUGUUCAAGCACUCAGAAGAAAAUCUCAGCAGCUCGUGCAUUUACACAAUUUCCUGUCUAUUUCUUUGAGUUUGAGCUCCGGAUUUUUCAUUUUGUUGGGUAGUGAGAUUUAUAUGUUAAUUGCACAGGUAAAUGUCAUCAUUUAGUCCAGCAAUUCUAAACCAAACCCUUUAUUUUUCCCUUGAACUAUUUUGAAAAAUCUGUAUGCAAGUGUUCCAUGUUCUGCUAAAGAGAAGAAUGUCUUUCAACUGACAUGUGCAUUCCAGUUUCUGUCCUAUUGUGAAUAUGUUUAAAAAACUCCUUUUGAAUAACUUGAGGAUACACUUUUCUCACAUUUCCCCCUAUGUGGGGUCCUGGUAUUUUCUCCGCGGAGAAAGCUGUGAAAUCCUAUACAUCCCUGUCCUGAAAUGUGAGCUACAUGUAGCUCCUUCUCCACAGGCUUGUGAUUGUGGCAAUUUGUACAUCACAUUGUUCUGCUUGCUACCAUACUUCUGACAUACAAAGCACUGUCUGAAAGAAAUGAAUGAUUAUGGGAGACUAACGCUGUUUGGAUAUUUUCUGACAAAGAUUACCAGUUUGAAUUUAAUUCCAUUUAUUUUUCUUAUUCACUUGCACAAAGAAUGUAGGCAAUCAUUGCCAUCUUAUCACUGAGAUGAUCUUGGUAAACUUGAAAGACAGGUAUAAAGGUUGAUUUAUAGCAACAGGGAAUUGUGACAAAAUCUAAAGGUAUCAGAAUAUGUCAAACCCAGACAGGUAUAAUCUCUAGAAAGGCUAAUACCAAAUGAGAUGCUUCCUUCAGAGGGCUUUUACAGCCAGAUUAUGGCCUUCAUUCAUGUACUAGUUGUGUAUGCAAAGAACACUCUUAAGUCUGCUUCCCCAGAAGCAUCUAUGUUUCAAAUGGCUGAAACUCUGCAGCAAAGUUAUGACCAAAUUCUUGCCGUCGUGUUCUUGGGAAUGGUGCCAGUGCUCUUUAACGUCCUGGUAGUUGGCACAAAUUUAUAUCAGUGGAACUGAGAGUAGAAUUUGGCUCCCACUAUCCCCUCCAUUGCAAGAGAGUAUUUGGAAUCAUUUAUGGUCACUGAAAUAACUUCUGAAACUUUUAAAAUUCUCUGUGUUUCAUACUUGCAGGCAUUUGCAGUGCACCCUUAGGAGGUGCAAUACCUCUUUAAAUACUAUAAAAACUUUCUAGAACUGCUUACUUUGAAAACAGAAAGGGAUGGGUUUGUAAACUGUAAAUAACAAAUCUAUUUAUCAUGUUAUUUAUUUUUUCAAUGACUGUGACCUUAUGCACUGUGAAUGCUCUGUGAUAUGGGGUCCUUUGUACAGAUAUGUCAUGAAAUCCAAAUGGAUUUAAUGUGAUAAUUUGUUACAAAAUGUUGGCAUGAUAUUUGAUUAUUUUUGUUGUGAAAAUUUUAAAAAAUAGUUAAUUCAGCAUUUAUAAAAGAUUAUAGCAGUCAGUAUUGUAAUGCACUGUAUAAAAAUACAUACACUAUCAAUAAAUUAUAUAAACAAC